AAGAUGAGAAAGACAAACAUCCUCCUCACAGCAGCAUUAAUUAGCUUAUUUUGUAAUUUGAUGCAAUUGUAAUAUAAUACAAGGUAUAGUGUUAUAAAUGUAAAUAAUUAUCUAAAAAAAAUUAUAUAUAUAUAAAACAUCGCUGGAUUUACAUCAUUAUUAGCCACGCCCCUACACGUCACGAAAAGCAGUUGGAAGAAUGUCCACUUCAAGUCCUUCUAAGUUCUAACUUUACAUAUUUUAUAAAAUGUAUGUUGAAAAAAUAAAACAUUUAUUCUCAAAUUAUAAACUUUCGUUAUCUGGCAGUAAUAAUUCGCUGUCUCUCAGUAGGUUUGAAUCUGAAUGAACGGCGGGGCUGUGCAGAGAGAUUCCCAUAGGAAAUUCCUCAGUGUGUGAGACGUGGGAAGGGCUCUGAACACGAGCUUUCGGCAGAUAUUGAAGCCCGUACUGAAUUUCCCAUCAGAUAAAUCCCGUUUUUUGUAUCUUAUUUACAAUAAUUACCACAAAGGUACACCGUCGCAGUGAUGGGAGGCAACAGCAGCUCGCGCCACGUUUCCCUCGACGAAGCCGACGAGGUUACUUUCGUAAAGGGCAUUCGGCUUUCAGAGAGAGUGAUUAAUCGAAUGAAGGAGUCUCCACCUGUGGUUCGCCCACAAGCCCCAACCAGAUCAUCAUCAACUCCUCCGGUUGAGUCUUCAGUUCCAGAUGAACAUCAUGUACCCAUAAUGCCUCAUUCUCCUUCAUACGCCAGUGCUUUGGUCCCUCCUCUUUCGGAGCCUUCUGUGACUGAGGAAACAUCUACACCUCCUUCAUCUGUUCAGGGUCUUCCAAUUCCUCCACCUACCGGUACUGAGCAUGUAGUUGUACCCGAUCCUCAACCUGGAUCUGCUAACAUACCUGUCCCUGAUCCUCAACCUGCUAAACCCAUACAUGCUCCUUCAAGUGAACCAAUACCCUCUCCUCCAUUAGUUGAAUCAACCAUUGCACUUGUUGAACCCUUUAUACCCCCUCCUGUCACAACCUCUACUAGUGAACCUGUAACCAAUCCGCCUUCACCAACCACAGACCCACUGACUGAGCCCGUAACAUCUUUAGAGUCCUCUAAUGAACCCAUAGAGACUCCUGUACCUUCACCUGCUGAUCUUGUGACGUCACCUUUCCCAAUCUCCACACCCGAUCCCGUUUUAUCCGUCAUAGAGGAGUCUACUGUGUUACCAUCUGGGUCUGCCGCGUCAGAUGUGGUUUUGCUUUCCAAGACACCUUCACCUGAAAAACCUCCUGUUGUUCCUUCCUUAAUCGACCAAGUCGAGGUCUUUCCACAUCAAACACAUGUUGUGAACGAGGAAAAGCUCAGGAAGGAGAUCAGAGAAGGUCUCCAGAAGCUCCUGAACGAGGAGAUGAAGAUGGCGGAGCGUAAUAUGCGACAACGUCUGGAGGUAGAGAAAGCUGAAGCGAAGGCCCAGGCUCAAGCCGCAGCCCGACUCCAGAUUCAGGACGAGGUCCAGAAGGUUCUGGAUCAGGAGAAGCCGUCUUAUCAGCAGACUCUGGCCGAUGCCAUCAGGAGCGAGCAGUUGAACGCUCAGGAGGAUCGUCUCAUUACUCAGUAUUAUUGGAUGGAGAGGAAGGCUCAGAAGCUGGAAGAGAAGCAGAAAGAUCUGGAAAAUCAGGAGUCUCUGUUCCAGAAGCAGAUCGCCAAGAUGCAAGAAAAGGCGGCUCAGUUCACUAAAAUCACAGCUGAACAUCACAGGAAAGGCUUAGAAGAUGCAAACAGCCGCUUCAGGCGAUACCAGAUCAAGCCCGUGUGUUUGGAUCUACAGAGUCAGAUAAUGAAGUGUUACUCUGAGAAUAAAGGUCAAACUAUGAGCUGUUCCAACAUCGCAUCGCUGUACAUUCAGUGUGUGGACCGCGCCAAACAGGAUAAAAAGUUGAGCACUGGAGGUUAACUAACCGGCCUGAACUUCAGAUCUACGGUGUCCAUUACAGCAAAUACACACAUCUAAACCUAUUGCGUACUGUACAGCAACACAUUUUCCACUGGAAGUUUGUGGGAAUUUCAUCCCUAUAGAAAAAGAAAAGAAAACGUAACACAUUAAAUGUGCUGUUCAGGAAUAUGAGCCAUGAUUGGACCACGCUAGUGAAAUACCUCAAACUCUUUAAACUGUGAGCUAAAUGAUUUCAGGUGCUAUCGAGUGCACAGAUAUAGUUCGGCGAUUCAGAAAAAUAAUGCACACUUAUUUUGCAUGGCGAUGCACAAUCUGGAAGCUGCUGUCUGAUGAUACAUUUUUGCGUAGUAAAAAUUUGUGCCUUAACCUUGAAAUGCUUUUGUUAUGGUAAUUUGGGGUAAAUGUGAUUGGCUUUUACCAGCACAGGUUGGAUUUCGUUCAAAUUAGUCAAUGGCAACUCCUAUAAAAAUGGCUCUUUUCCAGCCUCGGUCGGUUCUUCGCUGUGCAACUUAUUUCCACUAGAUGGCGCUGAGGUUAUUGUAAUAUUCUUGAUGUAUUGUGGAACCACGCUGGUCUAGAAGGUUAAAAGGACACUAAAAAUUCUGCAAUCACAUUUUCCCAAGCCUCUGAUCAGCAGAAUGUCAAUAAGUUCAGUGUGAGAUGAACACGAGCGGCAGUAUUUGCAUUUAGAGCUUAUUUUCUAGUGUAUUAUAUGAAUAGUAGGAAGGGGGCUGUAGUUCUGUCAUCAUACGAGAAUGUGAAAUGAAUAAGAAAUGAUGUCCACUGGUGUCCUACAUGAGCACACAGUCUAGAUUCAGCACAGCAAUCACAUCCAUGCCUUAACCUUCUAUUGCAUGCAUUAUGAAAGCAUGUUAAAUGCUAAAUAUUCUUGCAUAAAAGGGACCUCAUUAUUGAAAUCAAAAUCAAUAGCCUUGCGUUUUAUUACGACGUUAGUUAAAGACUGUCAUCGUUUACUCUCAACCUCAUGUUCCAAACCCAUAUGAAUGACUUAUUUUAUUGUGUUGAACAUUGCCUAUAUGUUACUCUUUUUGCAUGCAUUUAAAACUAUUUCAAGUCAUGUGAGAAACCAAUUGAAAAUGAAACUAAUUUGCUACAAAAUCUUUCCUUUUAACAAGCUGAUUGUUUAAUCAGUGAGUUGAGCUCAAAAUUCACAAAUGAUGAAUCAUUAGAAAAAAAUCUAGUCAGAUUUUGAUCUGAGGGUGAGUAAUUGAUGGCAGCAUUUUGAUGUUUAUGUAAACUAUCCCUUUAACCAUAGAUAGAUACGAAAGAUUCAAAAAUGAAAAACAAAUAAAAGCAAAAGUAUUCAUAGUCGCUGUUUUAAUUUCAUCCCACAGUUGCUUCUGAACAAUAAGUGUUUAAGCAAUCAUAAUGUAGGACUGUAAAGUUGAUUGUGCUUAUCAGUUCAAGAUGAUUUUAAAGAAUGCUAGGAUGUACUGUGACCAAGAAAAGAGUUUAAAUUCGUACUCAUUUCUUCAUUAUAACCCGUUUUAUAUGCAUCAGGUGUAGGGUUGGGUAUCGAGAAUCGA